AUGGCUACUAAAUUCACCAUCCUCUCGCAAGUCAACCGCCCUAAAACCUCGACUUUAACCCGAAAAGCUCCAAGAUCCACCCGAAACAAGCCCCAUCAAUCCAAAUCCACAAGCGAAAACAUGUUGAACAACGUUUUUGCUGACAAAACGCGAACAGAAAUCUAUCACAACAACCUAAACUCACACUCUCUAACGGAUUCACUACUUCCUGUUGAAGAUCCGUCGGUAAAGGAAGAGGAGACGAGUCAACAAGAACAGUGGAAAAUGUCGAACUGCAACCGCAAAGACGGUAAGUUCAUAAGCGAUGCUAAUUAUGGAGACUUGAGACGUGAUGUUGCUCGAUUAAGCUUGUUGUGGUACAUGAAAUGUUCCAUAAGCUAUAUAUUAAGGAGGGCAAGAGCGUUUUACAAUGAGUUUUGUUGCGAUACUCAUGUUCAGAGUAGCACUACGUUUGUGGUCGAUCCAUAUUUUUCUGUUCCGGUUUUACCGGUCAAUAAUUAA